AUAUUCUUCAAUAGGUGCCUGCUAGUAGUUCCAAUAGUCAUUAUUAGAUCCGAAUAAUUUUGUAAUAUUGCGACUAAAUCACGAAUUGUUCUGAACGUUUCUGUAUGUCAGUGAUAAAUUAUUUUAUAUUAAACUAAACGGAAUUUAUUUUAGUCGGUUAAAUUUAACUUAACACAUAGGUAGUACCUAUAUAGAAUAAAUAGUAGGUACCUGUUUAGUGAAUAUUUAGGAAGUUAUAAUUUUAGUAUUCUAUUGCAACAAUUAUGGUUCAAUUCAAUAAUGUUCCAUUAGUGCAGCAGGGUGGAUAUAUAGCAGUAAAUACUGCAUUUCAAAACGAUAUAUCUCCUCUAAAAAUAGAUCUCAUCUAUGGAACUUUCAGAUCGGAAGACGGUAGUCCAUAUUUGUUACCUGUGGUUAAAAAAGCAGAACAAAUGAUUGUAAAUGAUAUUUCAAGUCACAAUUACUUAUCACCUACAGGAAUUGAAGGUUUUACAAAAUCAGCAAGCAAAUUAUUGUUAGGUGAUAUUGAAAAACAGUGGAAAGACGGGACGAUAUUUGGUGUUCAAUGUAUUGGUGGAACAGGUGCUAUAAAAAUAGGCGCUGAAUUCUUAUCGAGGCAUAUGAAUUGCACAACUGUUUAUUAUCCUGAUCCAACGUGGGAAAUGCACGGAACUGUGUUUUCAUUUAGUGGAUUUUCAAACAAAUUUAAAUAUCGUUAUUUGAAUAAGGAAACUAAAUUAAUAGAUUUUGAAGGAUUUUGUGAGGAUAUGUCUAAUGCUCCGAUUGACUCAGUCGUAAUACUGCAUGCAUGUGGUCAUAAUCCAACUGGUUUAGACCUGACUAAAGAACAAUGGAGAACCGUUUCUGAAAUAAUGAAAGAACGUAAAUUGAUACCAUUCUUCGACAUCGCGUACCAAGGAAUGGCGUCUGGAGAUAUUGAAGAAGACGCUUGGGCUAUUCGCCAUUUCUACAACGAAGGAUUCGAAUUUCUCUGCGCUCAAUCAUUUUCCAAGAUGUUUACUAUGUACAACGAGCGAGUUGGUAAUUUGAUGGUUGUACUCAAAUCUGGUUGUAAUAUUGAUAGUCUUAAGAUCCACUUCGAAAAAAUCAUCAGAAGUCUUUACUCAAGUCCUUCAAAUCAUGGUGCUAGAACCGUUUUUAAAAUAUUAUCCGAUCCCGAACUAUACGACGAAUGGUUAAGCAGUUUCACAGCUAUGAUUUUUCAAGCUAUGGAUUUAAGAAAAGCUUUUCGAAAAGCUAUUGAGGAAAUAGGUACUCCUGGAAAGUGGAACCAUAUAACAGAUCAAAAGGGAAUGUUUAUACUGUUACACUUGACAAAGAGUCAGGUGGAAUAUAUGAGAAAUUUUCAUCAUGUUUACAUGGUUGACAGCGGUCGGAUAAAUGUUACUGGACUGAAUUUCAAAAAUAUUAGUUAUGUUGCUAAAGCAAUCAAUGAUACAUUAAGGAAAAACAUAUAAAAUUCCACUAUGCGUAGUUUUUAUUUGCCAUUUGCCUACUUCACAGGCUGCUACAAUAAUCUAUACCUGUCAUUAAACUUGUUUCGAUUGAUAAAAUGUAUAAUCACUUUAAUAUUUUAUAUAAUAUUCAUGUAAAAUAUUUAUGGUUUAUAAUUAAUACAGUAAUCUCAUUAUAAAUUA